AAACAUAAACUAAGCUGAGAGAAUUAAAGGCUGCGUCACAAAGUUUCUCGCUUUGUUUUAGAGAGUGUAAAAGUACGUGUUUUCUGCCCGGAGUCUGGUUCACUGUGAGCGGUCAGCGCAGAGUCUGAGUGCCCGGUGUCUGGCUUAGUUAGGUCCUGUUCGGAGUGUGAAAAAGUGCGUGUUUUCUUCCCGGAGUCCGGUUCGGUUUGGUCCGGUUCAGAGUGUGCAGUGUUCCCGGUCAGCAGCAUGUCGGUGACGGUGAAGGCCUACCUACUGGGAAAGGACGAGUCGGUGAAGGAGAUUCGGAGAUUCGCGGUGGAUCAGGACGUUUCCUGCAGCUUCGAAUACCUGAGCAGGAAAACCGCCGGAGUCUUUAGUAACCUGAAGAACAACGGGUUUAACAUGUACUACAGAGAUGAAGAUGGAGACCUGGUGGCGUUUUCUUCUGAUGAUGAACUGAUGAUGGGUUUGGCCUGUGUGAAGGACGGCACCUUCCGUCUUUUCAUCAAAGAGAAGAAGGAGCACCGUCGGGACUUCCCUCUCCAUGCCUUCCCUCCCUUCACCUUCGCCCCCCCCCCUCCACCCGGAGGUCCUCAGCACGCCCCGCCCCCCCACAUGGCCCCGCCCCCCGUCCUCCACCCUAACGUCACCUGUGACGGCUGCGACGCCCCCGUGGUUGGGACUCGCUUCAAGUGUUCAGUUUGUCCAAACUAUGACCUGUGCUCCACCUGCCAGGCCAGAGGGACACACACUGAGCACGCUCUGCUGCCCAUCUGGCACCCCCUGCAGCAGUGGUUUCCUCGGGGGAAGUGGAUGAAGAGGAUAAGACACUGCAUGUGGAACCAGAACCUGAACCAAGGUCAGCCUCCCAACCAGGACCAGGACCAGACUCAGGACCAGGACCAGGCCCAGGCCCAGGCCCAGGACGGGGACCAGGCUGGAUCCUCCAGACCUGCAACUGGCUCUGCCUCUCAGGCAAACGUGGACUUCCUGAAAAACAUCGGGGAGGGCGUAGCAGCCAUGUUGAGUCCGCUGGGUAUCGAUGUGGACAUUGACGUGGAGCACGAAGGUCAGAGGACUAAGGUGACCCCUCCCUCUCAGAGCGGGGGGGCAGAGGGCAACGUGGAGAUGGAGAUGGAUGGAGGAGGCAGCGAGGGGUCAAAGAUGAGCAGAGACUCAGAUGAGGAGUGGACUCACCUGAGCUCUAGAGAGGUCGACCCCUCCACCGGAGAACUGCAGUCGCUCCAGCCCAGGAACCAGGAUCAGGAGCAGGACUCCCCGUCAGGAGACCAGCAGGGUCCAUCAGGUCUGAGGGAGGCGGCUCUGUACCCCCACCUGCCUCAAGAGGCAGACCCACGCCUGGUGGAGUCCCUGUCCCUCAUGUUGUCCAUGGGUUUCACCGAUGAGGGGGGGUGGCUGACUCGACUCCUUCAGGCCAAAAACUUUGACAUUGGUGCCGCGCUUGACGCCAUCCAGUACGCCAAACAGCCCCGCCCACACCAGCCCUGAUGACAUCGUCGAUACUUAACCAAUGAUAUAACCAGAGAUCAUUUAUACUGUUUCCUGUAAUCUGAGAUUAUCUCUCACAUUUCUGUUAUCUUUAAUCAAUACUUUAACUCAUUAAUACUUUCACUCAUUGAUUAGUGUUUGUACGUUUUACUUUCUCUAUUCAUCACUGACGUUUCUGUUUCUGUUGAUUUGAUCAAUAAAAACAUGACGUUUAAACUGA